AUAAGUCGCGGGCAAUGGGACAGCACUGGACAUCAGGAUGGAUGGGUACCAGAAGGAUGACACGCAGGCAGCAGGAUUAUGGCUGGCACGGGGAUGGUGAUGGACACUGGGACACGCAGGCUUCAGGAUGGUGGGCACUGGGAUGGGCGUGUGCUAAGGACAAUGUGGGGGCAAACACAGCCAGCACCCUGCGCCCAGCCCCAGGCUGCUUCAAGCUCUGUGCUGUGGCAGCCACAUCAAUAAUUGAGGCCGGUGGCGCUGCCCUGGCCUUCCCCCACCCCGUCCCUGGGCAGGUGCCAGCAGGUGGGCCGGCUCUGCUUUCCACCCAGUCACAGCACAGAUGCCGUCACGUGGGCACAGGUCAGCCUUUAAGGCGGGCAGGCAGGCGGCAGAGCACAUCGUCACCUGCAGCCAUGAGCAUCCCCAUCGCCAAGUCCUUCUACGACCUCAGCGCCACCUCCUUGCAGGGGGAGAAGGUGGACUUCAACGUCUUCCGCGGGCGGGUGGUCCUCAUCGAGAACGUGGCGUCGCUCUGAGGCACCACAGUGCGGGACUACACCCAGCUCAACCAGCUGCAGGCACGCUACCCGCGGCGGCUGGUGGUGCUGGGCUUCCCCUGCAACCAGUUCGGCUACCAGGAAAACGGCACCAACGAGGAGAUCCUCAACUGCCUCAAGCACGUGCGACCAGGGGGCGGCUUCGAGCCCAACUUCACCCUGUUCCAGAAGUGCCAGGUGAAUGGGAAGGACACCCACCCCGUCUUCGCCUACCUGAAGGCCCACCUGCCCGCCCCCAUGGAUGAGGCAGACCACCUGAUGGCCGAGCCCCGCUUCCUGGUGUGGAGCCCUGUGCGGCGCUCUGACAUCUCCUGGAACUUUGAGAAGUUCCUGGUGGGGCCCGAGGGGGAACCUUUCCGUCGCUACAGCCCUCGCCUGCCCACUGCCCAGAUAGAGCCCGAUAUCCAGCGCCUCCUUAAGCUGGCCAAGUAGGGCCGUACCCCCCCCCCCAGAUAGCCCCUGUCCUCUGCCAGGUGAUGGCCCCCUCCGAAACCCCCCUGGGGAGGGGGUCUGAUGGGGUGGAGGGCUGGGGCCGCUGGGAUGGGGCUGGCGGCAAUAAAUGAGCUGGAGGCAGCAUC